AUGAUUUAUGGACAAUUAACAUUACCAAACAGUGAUGAUUUUCAUAUUAUAAUACAAUGUAAAGAUACAUCAGCACAAUGUGGACCUAAUACAGUAAGAGAACUCGAAGGAACCUUGUGUCAAGAGCCACCUAAUACAAUUGGUAUUUUAUCUUCAAAAUCAGGAUUUUCCAAAACUUCAAAGACCAGAUACAUAGCAUCACCUUGUCCUUUGAUUUUAAUGAAGGUUUUAGAGGGAGGAGAAAUAUGUGAUUUUCUUGCUUUUAAUAAUGUUGCAGGAAAAAUAUUAAAUGGAUUAGAAAUUUCAACAAAAUACAUACCAAUCCAUGGUAAACCUGGAAUAUUCAAAUCAAUACCUACUUUAAUUUAUAAUGGUGAAAUAUUAG